AUGGGAAUUUGCGUUAUGCUUUUAUGCAAACGUUAUACGCUUUUAAUGUUUGCUUCGAACUUUAAAUGUUUUAAAUUUGUAAAGCGGAAGGUUUUUAAUAAGCUCGUUUGCUGGCAUAAAGGCGGUUUUAAAAUAUACCACGUUAAACUAUUAAUUUCCAAACGAACAAGCCCGGGUAAUUACCGGAAAGGAUCGAGCAAGUUUAAAAAGGGCAUUUACGAUUUUGCACCGUUUAUAAUAACGCCCGACGCUACGUCGAGCACGUUGGAAAAGGCCGUUAAGCUACCGGAAUAA